UUUCCGUAAGGAAGUGCCAGGAAAAGAAGAGACACAUCUGCGAGGCCAGGAGUCGGGGACCACGUCAUUGCCUGACAGUAGCCGAAGGAGAGAGAAGCAGCCAGGUUUCGCAGGGAGGGUCAGCGGGUCCCCGCCUGAGGAAGCUCGAGGGCGUGGCAGGCGUGCAGCCGGAGACACGGGGAGCAGGAUAGGGAAGCAGAGCGGAGCGGGCACCGAGGGGUUGGCGGAGAAGAUGGCGGGCAGCCCCGAGAAGAGUGCCUCCGCGCAGGAGUUGAAGGAGCAGGGCAACCGCCUGUUCCUCAGCCGCAAAUACCAGGAGGCCUCAGUGUGCUACAGCAAAGCCAUCAACCGGAACCCCUCUGUGUCGGUGUACUACACGAAUCGGGCUCUGUGCUACGUGAAACUGCAGCAGUAUGACAAGGCCCUGGCAGACUGCAAGCACGCUCUGGAGCUGGACAGCCAGUCGGUCAAAGCGCACUUCUUCCUGGGCCAGUGCCACCUAGAGAUGGAGAACUAUGAAGAAGCCAUCGGCAACCUGCAGAGAGCCUAUAACCUGGCAAAGGAGCAGCGUCUGAAUUUUGGCGACGACAUCCCCAGCGCCCUCAGGAUAGCCAAGAAGAAGCGCUGGAACAGCAUCGAGGAGAAGCGCAUCAACCAGGAGAACGAGCUGCAUGCCUAUCUCACCAAACUCAUCCUGGCAGAGAAGGAGAGGGAAUUGGACAAUUGGCGGGAGAAGCAAGAGGACAAGUCGGAGGACAACAGAACCAGGAAUGAGCUAGCCAAGAUCCAGUCCAAACAUGAUAAAUACCUGUCGGACAUGGAUGAGUUGUUCUCUCAAGUGGAUGAAAAGAGAAAGAAACGGGAGAUUCCCGACUAUCUGUGUGGAAAGAUCAGCUUCGAGCUGAUGCGAGAGCCUUGCAUCACCCCCAGUGGGAUCACCUAUGACCGCAAAGACAUUGAGGAGCACUUACAGCGAGUGGGACAUUUUGACCCCGUGACCCGGAGCCCUCUGACCCAAGAUCAGCUGAUCCCCAACCUGGCCAUGAAGGAGGUGAUAGAUGCCUUUAUCCUGGAGAACGGAUGGGUGGAGGACUACUGAACCACCCACGGUUCUCAAUAAAAAAAAAAAAAAACGAGCGA